AUGGCAUUCCUAAAACAGCCAUCACAACACCGUUUGGCCUUUUCGAAUUCACGCGUAUGCCCUUUGGUCUUCGAAAUGCAGCCCAAACGUUUCAACAAAAUCCAAUAUCACCUUGCUAUCGCCCGACCAGUGUCCUCAAACUUGUCCUCCUCAUUCCACUAUGAGAAAUUGGCCCAAAAGGCAUUCGCCGCUCUACAGAUGAUCCGACGCACCUUCUCCCGACGCACGAAAGACGUCACCCUCGUUGAACGUGUCCAGCGAGCCGCUACGAAAGUGGUUGCCGGCCUCAAAUCCGUAGACUACAGAACGCGUCUCGCGGUGCUUGAUCUCUUCCCUUGGGCUUGGCAAACAGCUUUUUCACCGUUGACCCUGCAAACACGGCGGGGACAUAGUAAGAUUUUCAAGCUCAGGGCGCACACAUUCAUUAGACAAAAUUUUUCCUCAUUUCGGGUAGUAGCAGCGUGGAACGACCUUCCUCGGACGGUUGUCCGCGCUCCUUCUAGAAACCAGUUUAAAGCACUAUUAGACAUUUAUUUAGGCGAAUCCUCGCGCUGA